AGCUGAUCUGAAUCCGAGUAAGUAUGCUAUGUUUCAAGCCGUUCUGCCCUGAUCACCUCAGCUCAGGUUAAGACUCCCUGCCUCUCUCUCUCUCUCUGUAUUUUGUUCACUCUGGUUCUGUCCUUUUACUCUGUUUUUCUCUGUUCCUGUGUUGUUUGGGUUAAAUUUCAGUGAGAUUUUGUGGGUUCUUAAUAUCUGUUACUGGGCUUUCAGUAGGUAGUGUUUGGGUGUGUGAUUUUCCUGUUGAGCAGCUAAAGUCUUUUUGAAGGAAGCAGAGAACAAUGUCAGACAACUUACCAGCUAAAGUCUCCGAAUCAUUAUUCUCCAAAGAAGUAGAAGAAGAAGAAGAAGCGAUGUGGGACUUUCUACCCCCUGAAAUCCUACCCAAUAUUCUCCUACGCCUACCUACAAAAUCCAUUGUAAAGUUCACCUGUGUCUGCAAAACAUGGAGAUCCCUCAUCCGAAGCCCUGACUUCAUUUCUGCUCAUCUUAAGCUUUCCAACUGCAACCAACCCCUCCUCCUCUUCAGGUUCUGCUCUGACAGCCGCCUGGAUUGUGAAAAAGAAGACAACGAUGAAAAAGAAGUCUACAAAUUGUAUUGUGACAACCAAGAUUUCAAUGAUCAUGCCAGGUUUGACUUCCCUUUUCAUACUCUAGGUCGUAGAUUAAUAUUUAGGGUGGUUGGUACUUGUAAUGGCCUUGUCUGUGUUGAGGAUGAUGGUUUAUUGGACAGAAUUAUUCUCUGGAACCCUUGUGUUAGAAUGUUUGUGGAACUUCCUAAACCCAGUAUCACCUAUCAGGGCUAUCACGAGGACGAUGGGUAUGGGUACGAUGGGGCUACUGGGCUUGGAUUUGAUUCAAAAACUAAUGACUAUAAGGUGGUGAGGGUUGUGACAGUUGUGGAUGUGAGGAGGAGAGGCGACUGGGGUGUGUAUCCACCAAAGGUUGAGGUUUACUCACUUGCCACAGGUGAAUGGAGUAUGGUUACAACUGCUUUGCCUUGUGCUGUACGUCAUCAUGAUCCACUGCCUUUUGUUAAUGGCGCUCUGCAUUGGGUUGCUUUGAGGAGAACUAAUUGCAAUAAAUAUCACAAUUUUAUUACGGUUCUCGAUUUGGGGGACAUGGUUUUCAGCGAGAUCGUACUGCCUAUACUUUCGGAUGAUAAAGAUGAUGAAGAUGAGUCUCACAUUCGUCCCUUUAUUUCAGCAUAUGGGAAUUCCCUUGCCCUGUGUCAGGAGGGAUUUCAUACUCUCUGUGUCAAUGUAUGGCUGAUGAAGAGGUAUGCAGAUUCAUCUUCAUGGACCAAAAUUGUGAUUUUUCCUCAUAUAGGUCUCAGGGAUCAAGAUAUCAAUGACAUAAUAGGUGCGGAUCAUGCUGAGGGGUACAUAUACAGGGCUAAAGGUUUUAGGAAGAGUGGUGAGGUUGUAGUGCAAUUGGAUUUGGACCAACGGCUCGUCUCACAAGACCUUGAGACACAAGAGUGUAAAGAUCUUAGGAUUUCUGCAUAUAACUAUACUUUCGUUGGUUCUUAUGUUAAGAGUCUAGUUUUGCUUGACAAACCCAACCGUGCAGCAACUUAUUAAGGAAAAUGAAAGAGGAUACAGUUUUUGAGGAGGUUCAAUGCUGCAUAUUUAGACACAGUUUCAAACCCAUUUCACGUGACAAAAGGAUCUGCACCAUAUUCAAAUCCUUUGGGUUGAGUUCAGCUGGGUGAAUAACUGCUGCCACUGUUCAAACUAAACCUUUAUGAAUCUUCCUUUUGUGAAGCUGGUUGAUUUAAUUUUUUUUUUUCUUUUCUUAUGCCUUGCUUUUGUUUUUCCUAGGAAUUGGGUUUUGUUAAUCGUCCAUGUAAAUCUCAUGAAAAUUUUAGAGAUUGUAACAUUUAUCUUUAUAUAAAACUUCAUUUUGAGUAAUACUAGAGAUAGAAACAAGCGAUUGUGUUA